CUUGUUUCGAAAAGGAAAACAUGACUCAAUAUCGCUGAGCGCGCCGGGAGGCCCGACUUCGGGUGCGCGUUUUCGAAUGCGCCCGGGGAUUUCGUACGGUAACUACGGUAAGUCGGUAACGAUACAAAUUCAGUCUACCGGCGUUUGCUCGUCUGUCGUGGUUUGCUCUCUCGCGUUACCAUCUCGUCGGUUUCGGUCGGUUGGCGACACGCGGCGUCUGGUCUGGCGGCGGCGACGGCGGCGGCGGCUGCGUCUGGCUGCGUCCAAUCCCUUCCCCGUCGACGUAGGGCUCCUCGUCGCGGCGCGAUUUUGCUCCAGUCGCGUCGCGGAGCGAUGGCCGAACGGUACGUCAACGAGCAGGUAACGUCCGCGGCGAGUGCCGCGCGGAUGUCGGCCGGCGGCAACAAGCCACUGUGCUGGCAGGUCCGGUUCCUCGGCAAGCAGCUCGCGCGUUGCAGCCAGCUCAACGACACGCGGCUGUCGAUCGACUCGCCGGCCGCCGGCGCGCUCGUCCACGAGGACGGCCGGCCGGCCUGCGAGGUCGUCGGCGUGUACUUCAGCUUCGUCAAUCCCGACGCGACCUGCGACGAUUUCACCCGUCAGCUGGUCGAGCUUUACACGAGUGUCAACGCCGGUAACAACGACGGCAACAACGGCGGCGGCGGCGGCUGCGGCGGCAGCGGCGCCGAGAAGAGGAAGAGAUUCGAGGUGGUGCACGUGGUGCUUUGGAGCAACGUGAUCGACGUGCUCGAGUUCGACGAAAGCUUCCGCGCCCAUGUAGUCGAUCUACCCUGGCUCGCCGUGCCGAAUCACGAUUACGAGAGAAAAACCAGACUGACUCGAAGGUAUCGAAUAAAAGCAGGCGUGCCGACGUUGAUUUUACUGGAGGCAUCCAACGGAUCUGUCAUAACAAGAGGAGGAGUCGAGCGAACGAUCGCUGAUCCUACUGGCACGGAAUUUCCUUGGAGACCUCCGCAUCCGAAAGCUGCUCUUGAGGAUGGUCCUCUUUUGUCCUGUGGAGCCCGUGACAGCAACGAGCCUAUGUUGCACGAGGAGCUCCGCCACUGUUUCAAGGGGAUUUACUUUAGUGCACACUGGUGCCCGCCUUGUAAAGCAUUCACCCCACAACUUGUGGAUACGUAUCAACGAAUCCAUGAGAGAGGUCAUGAUUUUGAAGUCAUUUUCGUAAGCUCGGACAGGAGCGAGGAUUCCUACAAUGCGUACACGGAAACAAUGCCUUGGUUGAGAAUACCUUUUAAUCAAGAAGAAAGACGUCGAAAAUUGGCAAGAGCUUUCGACGUUCAGGCAAUACCUACUCUGGUCAUUCUAGAUCCUCGCGACAAUAUAAUCACUCUGGAUGGACGCUCCGAAUUGAUUGAGGAUCCAGAGGGAUUGAAUUUUCCCUGGAGCAGUAGACUGGUGAAUAUUCUAACAGAAAAGUAUGCUACGUCGUUACACGAUGCUCCAGCCAUUAUCUUGUUUGUUGAGGGAGAUGACUGUGAGAUUCAAUUUGGAGAAAGUGUAUUACUGCCAGCUGCACAAGUGUAUAGAAGGGAUCAACCCGAUUAUGAUCCAAAUUACGACGAUCCUGAUGAUUGUUUACAAUUUUACAUAGCUUUAGACUGCGAAACAUCGGACAUUCUUCGUGAGUUUAUUGGUUUGGAUGAUGCAGUACCUCUUUUAACUGCUAUUGAUAUUCCGCGAGGGAUAUACGUCGUAAUGGAGGAUGGUGCUGAAAUUACUGUGGACUCCGUACAACAGUUCGUCGAUGGAUUUCUCAAUAACAAACUGCCAAUAAAUAAAAUAGCAGCGGUGCAUAAAACAUCAAAAAUAAGCGAACCGGCCUAAAGUCAUAUAAAACGUUAAUUAAAUACGAAAUUUGUACUUGUCAAAUUUUAUAAGAGUUGUUCAGACGAAAGUCCUUUUCUUUUUCUCAUUUCUUUUUACACUCCUGUCUCUGUGAUAUCGUCGUUCUUUACGUUAAGAAAUUCGUGUAUAAGCUAUAUUUGUUCUUACACUGAGAGAAAAAAAAUAGUUGCGAUUACCACAUAAUUACAAUUUAAUAGUCACAUUCAGUGCCAACUAUAUAUUUAUAGUUGUUUUAUUAAUGUAAUGUUGUAAUAUAGCUACUAAUUAUUACUACGUAAAUCAUGUUUAAGAAAUAAUUACAUUCAUUGUUGUGUGCAAUAAUUUAUUAAUAUAAAAACAUUUAUUUCAUUUUGUCAUCCAUAUUUUGACAUUUUAUUAUAUUAAAAUUCUAUAUGAAAUUAUAAAUAUUUAUAAUAACAUUUUUCUUUAAUUAGUAGAACUACAGACAUAACGUUGUUAUUAUUACUAAGCUGUAGCAAUAAUAAUUAUAGAAAUGGAGCUCCUAUAAUUUUUUUACCAUGCAAUUAUAGGCACAAAAACCAAUACUUUUCUCUCAGUGUACAUAAUUUUUCGCGGAUGUAACAAAAAAAAUGUAUUAUAUACCACUGUCAAAACUAAGUCGAUCAAAUUGUAUUUUUAAGUGUACGUAGAUGCACACAAAUACGUUAAUAUAUUAUAAAUUACUAAAUAAAUACAGAGUAAGCGCACUGGAGGCUUUAUGUUUAAGAUAGCCUAUUCAUCGUUAUAUAGCUUAUUCACGAGCUAUAUUAUAUUUAUCUUGCUGGUAUUAAUCUUUAAUACAUAUAUUGACGUAAUUACACAUUUGUUACAUAAAUUUAGCAUGUAGGCACUGAUGAGCAUCAUAUCAAUUGUCCGAUAUAGCAAACUUUAUUUGUAUUUAAAAAAAUUUUUUUUCUUUGAGUUCUUUUUUAUAAAAGUAUUUCAUUUAUUAUAUCUCUUAAAUUACUAAUGUAAACUUAUUGUUGUAUCCUAGCAUUUUUUAUACAACACAUACUCACACGAUGUUAUUGAUUUACAUAUCAAUCCUAAUUUAUAUAUAUUAAAUAUUUUACAAUUAUAAAGCUAUUACCGUCGCUGGUUAAAAAAAUGUACAAUGAAUUUGCGUUAAAAAAAAGACACUAUACGUCAUUAGCAAUAAAGUGCUUUGAGUUGUUUUAAUAGUCGUGUUAGUUAAAAAUUUGAUUAAAGUGAUUGUCAUAUAUAUCGUCUAUCUCUGAUAUUUUUACAUCUAUAAUGAUUAUCACGCAAGGAGUGCUGCCAAAGCAUCAAGAAACUUGGGUCUUUCUUCAAUUUUCAGUCUUAUUACUGUAAAAAGGAAAAAUGUUAAAUAUAAUUAAUUCCAUCUGGCUCAUGAAGUUAAAAAA